AGGGCUCCGGUGGGUAGAGUGGGUCUCAGGCAGGCAAGGCAGGAUAAAGUAGAGGGUGGGGGGAGGUUGAUGGCGUGGCUCGGCUUUUGGAGCGGUGCACCCAGCUGUCAUCACUGCAGCAGCAGCUUCUGGAGUGACCACUGUGUUCCCUCCUCCCUCGGGCUCACGGUGAGCUACUCCAGCAGCGGAAGGCGGGGCUGAGAGGCACAGAUUACGGCGUCCCCUUCCAGCUGACAGGUGGCUGUGCAGCCCAGGGCUCGUCUCUCCACUGUGUCCUCCUCGCGCCGGGCUCUGGGGCGAUGGUGGACGUGCUGGGCGGGCGGCGCCUGGUGACCCGCGAGGGCACGGUGGUGGAAGCCGAGACUGCGCUGCAGAACAAGGUGGUAGCUCUGUACUUUGCAGCGGGCCGGUGCGCGCCCAGCCGCGACUUCACGCCGCUGCUCUGCGACUUCUACACGGAGCUGGUGAGCGAGGCGCGGCGGCCCGCACCCUUCGAGGUGGUUUUCGUGUCGGCGGACGGCAGCGCGGAGGAGAUGUUGGACUUCAUGCGCGAGCUGCACGGCUCCUGGCUGGCAUUGCCCUUCCACGACCCCUACCGGCAUGAACUGAAGAAGAGGUAUGACAUCAACGUCAUCCCCAGACUCGUGGUCAUCAAGCAGAAUGGAGCUGUCAUCACCAACAAAGGGCGGAAGCAGAUCCGGGAGCGCGGGCUGGCUUGCUUUCAGAACUGGGUGGAAGCAGCCGAUGUGUUCCAAAACUUCUUGGGGUGACUCUGGAGGUACCAGGGCAGGUGCUGGAAGUGCAGGGUAACCUGCCUUCAAAGAGGGCUUGACUGGUUCUCUUCACUGUUGGGGGAUGUCAUAGUAGAAGCACCCACCAACCUGUGGCAGAAAGCAGAAACUGCUCAGGAAAGAACUACGCCCACCCUUGGUGGGUCCUAGAGCUCCUUCGGAGUGAACGCUUAUUUCUUAUAACCUUCCUCCACCAGUGCCUAGGCUCCAGGACAUGUCGGCCGUGAGCUAUUAGAGACCUAUGAAAGACGCUCUUUCCUAUCUUGGUAAAUUGACCUUUGUAGAUUGUGUAAUUAAAUAAACCAACACUCACGCUUGGAGCA